AUGUCACUUGCUUGCCUAUCAAGAAUUCAUGAUAAGAGCAUUAUCCACCGUGAUUUGCAUAGUGGAAAUAUUUUGAUAAAUGAUAAUGAUUACUAUCGCACUAAAAUAGGUGAUUUAGGAUUAAGUAAAUCAGCUACAGAAGCUGAAGUUAAUGAAACUUAUGGAAUUAUUCCUUAUAUGGCUCCAGAGGUUCUUCAAGGGCAAAAAUAUACCAAAGCAUCAGAUAUUUAUAGUUUUGGUAUGAUUAUGUGGGAGUGUAUGACAGGUAGAAGACCUUUUUGGGAUCGUGCUCAUGAUACUGUGCUGAUUAUUGAUAUUUGUGAUGGCUUACGUCCUCCAACAGUUGAUAUUGUAGCACCUGAAGGUUAUAUUGAGCUAAUGAAAGAAUGCUGGGACCCUGAUCAAAGUAAAAGGCCAACAGCUAGGAGUAUUUAUGAUAGAAAAGCAACAUUUGAAUUUGCAGUUCCCAGCAAUGAGGCAAUUGGGGAUAAAAGUGUUUAUACCCCAAUUUUUUCAACGGCUGAUGAUAUGUUUUGGCAACUUGAGUAUCAACCGAGUGAUCCCGAGAAUCCAAAUUGUUGUUUAAUAUUUUUGACUGCUGUUCCAAAUUCUGAAGAAGCCAUUUCAACUCAAUUUUGGUGUGAUCGAGCUAGUAUUUCUGCUUCAUUGUUUAUUAAAAGCGUACGGUAUAGUAAAGCUUAUCAUAUAACUACUGAUGAUUAUUCUUUGAGAAGUAAAUCUUGGGGAAAAAAUUUUAACAAGAUAAUGGAUAAUUCGUCAGUCAUAAUUGGAGUAACAUUUGAAAAUUCUGUUUUAGAAUCAAAAGGAUAUAAUUCUACUAUCAAUACAAAACCAGAAUCUAAAGAUAUUAUAGAAACAUGGGGUCGCGAGUUAGAUGUUCCAGAAAAAGCCGAUGUAUUAUUUAACGUUAAAGAUGGAGUUGUGUACGCGAGUAAAUCAAUAUUAUCAAGUCGUUCCGAAUAUUUCUCGGGUUUUUUAAAAGUUUAUAUUGUCAUCGAUGUUACAGAUACUUCUAAAGCCGUAUUCUAUGAAAUGCUGAGAUAUAUUUAUACAGAUGAAGUACGAUUCAACCUUGUAUCACCGAUUGAACUAUUUAAAGUAGCUGACAAAUAUCUUUUGUCAAAUUUACGACAGAAAGCUAGGGUUGAAAUUUUCAAAAAAUUAAGUACGAAGAAUGCAAUGCAUAUUUUAUUUAACGAGGCAUGGCAAUGGAAUGAUCUUAAAUAUGAUAUCAUGGAUUUCAUCGUAGAAAAUUUUCAAAAAAUACAAGAAACCCCUGAAUAUAAAAAGUUGUCGGUUGAGAAUAAAGGUCAUCCUGCGGGAAUUGAAAUCUUUCAGGAAAUAGUAGAUAAGUUGUUGAAAAAAUCAUUAAAAUGA